GUGUCCUUGAUUUUUUCCCUAUUUAAAGAUUGAAGUAUUGACGCCAUGGGAAUAAAGGUUCAGCGUCCUAGAUGUUUUUUUGACAUUGCCAUUAAUAAUCAACCUGCUGGAAGAGUUGUCUUUGAAUUAUUUUCUGAUGUGUGCCCCAAAACAUGCGAGAACUUUCGAUGUCUUUGUACAGGUGAAAAGGGGACAGGGAAAUCAACUCAGAAGCCAUUACAUUAUAAAAGUUGUCUCUUUCAUCGAGUUGUCAAAGAUUUUAUGGUUCAAGGUGGUGACUUCAGUGAAGGAAAUGGACGAGGAGGGGAAUCCAUUUAUGGAGGAUUUUUUGAAGAUGAGAGUUUUGCUGUUAAACACAAUAAAGAAUUUCUCUUGUCAAUGGCCAACAGAGGGAAGGAUACAAAUGGCUCACAGUUCUUCAUAACAACAAAACCAACUCCUCAUUUAGAUGGGCAUCAUGUGGUUUUUGGGCAAGUGAUUUCUGGUCAAGAAGUUGUGAGAGAAAUAGAAAACCAGAAAACAGAUGCAGCUAGCAAACCAUUUGCUGAGGUGCGGAUACUCAGUUGUGGAGAACUAGUUCCAAAAUCUAAAGCUAAGAAAGAAGAAAAGAAAAGGCAUAAAUCAUCUUCCUCCUCAUCAUCCAGUGACUCAGAUAGCUCAAGCGAUUCUCAGUCCUCUUCUGAUUCUUCUGAUUCUGAAAGUGCUUCUGAAGAGAAAUCAAAAAAAAGAAAGAAGAAACAUAGGAAAAAUUCUCGUAAACACAAGAAAGAGAAGAAGAAGCGAAAGAAAAGCAAGAAAAGUGCAUCUAGUGAAAGUGAGGCUGAAAAUCUUGAAGCACAACCCCAGUCUACUGUCCGUCCAGAAGAAAUCCCUCCAAUACCUGAAAACAGAUUCCUAAUGAGAAAAAGUCCUCCUAAAGCUGAUGAAAAGGAAAGGAAGAACAGAGAGAGAGAGAGAGAGAGAGAAUGUAAUCUACCUAACUCCCAGCCUCCUUCAUACCAGAGACGACUUUUAGUUACUAGGUCUGGCAGGAAAAUUAAAGGAAGAGGACCAAGGCGUUACCGAACUCCUUCUAGAUCCAGAUCAAGGGAUCGUUUCAGACGUAGUGAGACUCCUCCACAUUGGAGGCAGGAGAUGCAGAGAGCUCAAAGAAUGAGAGUAUCGAGUGGUGAAAGAUGGAUUAAAGGGGAUAAGAGUGAGUUAAAUGAAAUAAAAGAAAAUCAAAGAAGCCCAGUUAGAGUAAAAGAGAAAAAGAUAACUGAUCAUAGGCAUGUGUCUGAGAGUCCAAACAGGAAAAGCGAAAAGGAAAAGAAAGUUAAAGACCAUAAAUCUAACAGCAAAGAAAGAGAAAUCAGAAGAAAUUCAGAAAAAGAUGAUAAAUAUAAGAACAAGGUAAAGAAAAGGGCCAAAUCAAAAAGUAAGAGUAAGAGCAAAGAGAAAUCCAAAAGUAAGGAAAGAGACACAAAGCAUAAUAGACAUGAAGAAAAGAGGAUGAAGUCAAGGAGUAAAGAAAGGGAUCAUGAGAAUGUUAAAGAAAAAGAAAAACCCGACUCUAAAGGAAAAGAUCAGGAAAGGAGUAGAAGUAAAGAGAAGUCUAAACAGUUAGAAUCCAAAAACAAUGAGCAUGAUCAUAAUAAAAGUAAGGACAAAGACAGACGUGCACAGUCUAGGAGUAGAGAACGUGAUGUCACUAAAAGCAAACACAGUUACAACAGUAGAACAAAGGAACGAAGCAGAAGUAGGGACAGGAGCAGAAGAGUGCGCUCCAGAAGCCAUGAGCGAGACCGCAGCAGAAGCAAGGAGCAUCAUAGACACAGGGAACAGGAGUACAGGAGAAGAGGCAGGUCACGGAGCCGAGAGAGAAGAGCGACGCCAGGAAGGUCAAGAAGUAAAGAUAGGAGGAGGAGGAGGAGAGAUUCACGGAGCUCGGAGAGAGAAGAAAGUCAAAGCAGAAACAAGGAAAAAUACAGAAACCAAGAAAGUAGAAGUUCACACAGAAAAGAGAAUUCUGAGGGUGAGAAGAGAAUGUACUCUAAAAAUCGUGAUCAUAGUAGUUCAAAUAGUAAUAGGGAAAAAAAGGCAGAUAGAGAUCAAAGUCCAUUCUCAAAAGUGAAACAAAGUAGUCAGGACAAUGAAUUAAAGUUCUCCACCUUGAAAAAUAAGGAGGAUGAGAAGACCAGAUCCUCAGUGGAAAAAGAAAACCAAAAAUCAAAGGGUCAAGAAAAUGACCACGCACAUGAUAAAAAUAAAAAAUUUGAUCAUGAAUCAAGCCCUGGAACAGAUGAAGACAAAAGUGGAUGAGUGAGUUAUAUAAACUUCUUAUUUCCAUUCUGUCUCAGAUUUUAAGUUUUAGAGACUUGCUGAUGAUCUUCUUUAUGUUGUUUUUUUCUUUUCAUUGUUUUGGGAUUGUCUUUUUUU